UGGGCCAGUUCCGAGUUCCGCCACCCGGUAGUCAGAAGUGUGAGGUUGUCGUUCUCGAUAUAUGUUACAAUGAAAGAAAGUUCUGGUUCUGUUCAGAUGACAGAAACGAUUCCCUGAAUGUCACUUAAAGAUGAGCGUGAACGACAGUGACAACCAAGAAGGCGGCGACGGCGAGCCUGGUAGAUCCAAAAUGUUAAAACGGGCAGUGGACACAAAGUUCUCUUCGCUGCUGCCCGUGGAUGCAGAGAACUACAUGUUGCGAGGAAUCGGCCGGCCGGCUCCGAUGGCAACGCAAAACUCAUCAGCAGAAGAAGUUGAUGGAGAAAUGGACCUUCAGGGUACCGCCUCCCUGGAACAGACGACGUCUGGCCAUAAGGUCCGAGACGGCGAAAUUUUUUGGGCUGCUUGGGGCACUACUGAAAACGGUGUUGACUGCUGCGCUCGCAUACUCUCGUUUCACUCAUUACUGUGCUCUUGUGAGAUUACAUGCUGUUGUAAAUGUGGUACUUUAUGCUCCGCAGAUUGUCACGCCUGCUUCCACAACUACUGCCUCCGAUUUUUCCCCGGCUAUCUGUGCCAGAAGGACAACGAUGUGCUACCACCAGUCACCUUGGACUACGACAAGCCUAUCUCAGAGUGGACUUCAUCCAAUGUGAUAGAAUGGAUGGCAGCCCUAAAUCUCUACACUUAUUGUGACGUCUUCAGGUGCAAGGACAUCAAAGGAGCAGAUCUGAUAAAUCUCGACAGAGAUAAGUUGAUUGGCAUGGGAAUAAAAGACGAAUUCCAUCAGAAGGCUAUAUUAUCCUGCAUAGACGAACUUCUCAAAAAACCUGAUGAUAAACUCUCUAUAAGAAGUGAGCACGAUGAAACUUUGAACUCCAACUCAAACUAUGCUCACAAUUUAUCUCAACAUAGUUUCAGUUCUUUGGAAAGAUGUGAUAAAUGUAAUAAAUAUCUGAGGGGGCUCUUGCAUCAAGGAUUCAUUUGUCAAGACUGCGGGCUUGUAGCCCAUCGAACUUGUGCUGCAACUGGUCUUCCAUCUUGCACUCACCGUCCAAUGGAUGAUAGAUCCCACUUCAUUCAAUUCAAAUCGUUUUUUGGUCAAGGGCUGUGCUGUCAGUUCAAGUUGAGCGAUUCUCCAGCUCCUGAGUUGUUGAUUAACUGUGCGCUUGAACUAGAAAAGCGUGCAAAAGCCAGUGAGUCCUUAGAAUUGUAUAAUUUAUAUUGUGCUACCCCACCAUCUGAUCAGCUUCAACUUUUGGUGAAAAGAAUUGAAGAAAAUUCAAACAAUGUCAAUUUAUCUGAAUUCAGUCCUGUUUGUAUUGCCAGUGUUUUCAAGAAAUACUUGAGAGAACUACCAGAUCCUCUAGUUCCAGUUCAGUGGUACGAUAAGUUUUUGGAAGCUUCCAAAAAGAGAAAUGAUGAAGAAUGUACCUCAAUUUUGAGACAAUUGGUGGAAGAGUUACCAGACCAUCAUAAGUCGACGUUGAGAUUUAUCAUGGGCCAUUUAUGCCGUAUUUGUCAACUAGAAUAUGCAAGAGGAAAUAAGAGUCCGCCAACUGUUUUAGUACAAGUUAUGUGCCACAUCUUUCUAAGGCCACCAUGGGAACGUGUCAUACAAGUUGUCUACAAUACUCAAGCCCAUAAUCGCAUUGUCGAGCUACUGUUGCUGUACUGUGACUGGGGUGAAAAAUUACCAGAGUUUGCAUCUGCUCCAGCGAUACCCCCCAGAAAGGUCUCCAGAAUGGGAAGCAGUGUAUAUUACAGCUUACUUGAGAGGGAAAAAGAAAAAAACAACAUGUCACUUCAGGAUGCCGAAUGGUACUGGGGCAGUAUCAAAAGGGAAGAUGUGAAUGAAGUGCUAAAUGACACUGUAGAUGGAACAUUUUUAGUCCGGGAUGCAUCGAGUAAAUGUGGAGAAUACACAUUGACUUUGCGGAAAGGUGGUGCGAAUAAACUUAUUAAAAUAUGCCAUAGGAAUGGAAUGUAUGGAUUUACUGAGCCAUAUACAUUUCAUUCAGUUGUAGAACUGAUCAAUCACUUUCGGAAUGAUUCACUCUCUCAGUACAAUGCUUCUUUAGAUAUAAAGCUACUUUAUCCUGUGUCAAGGAACAACCAAGAAGAAGAAUUGGCGAAGACUGAAAAAAUAGAUAAACUUGUAGAAAACCUAAUAAACAUCAAUCAAAAUUUGGCUGAAAAGAAUAAGAUAUCUGAGACAGUGUCAAAAGAUUUCAAUGAAACCUCUACAGAAGUACAAACAAAAAGGCAUGCUUUAGAUGCCUUGAAAGAAUUGGUACAGUUAUUCAAAGAUCAAACAACCAUCCAAGAAAAAUCACAAAACGAAGCACAACCUCACGAAAUAAAAAGCCUUGAAAUCAAUUCAGAGUUAUUGAAGAAGCGUUUAAACUUGAUGUCUGAAAGUUGUGAACAGCUUGAGGAAAUAUUGAAACAAAAGGAAGCUUACAAGAAAGUAUUAGAAAGGGAAUUGACCUCUCUCAAGCCUGGUAUUGUUGGAUUGGCCCGUGAAAGAGAUAAGUAUGUUAGGUGGUUACAGCAAAGAGGUUUCUCCCCUGCCAAAAUCAACCAGAUUCUCAACACCAAUAUCGAAGAACCAUCUGAAGGAUGUGAUGUUGAUACAGAUACGUUACCACACAAUGACGAGCGGUACUGGUUAAUGUUGGAUUGUUCUCGUACUGAAGCUGAAAAGUUGUUGGAGGGUAAACCAGAUGGAACAUUUUUAGUCAGAAAAUCCAGACAAAUGAACAAAUACGCUCUUUCAGUGGUUUGUAAUGGCAGUACCAAUCACUGCAUUAUCAAUGAGACCAGUAAAGGACUUGGAUUCACAGAACCAUAUAAUAUUUAUCCCACUCUGAAAGAUUUGGUGCUGCAUUAUGCUACUAAUUCUCUGGAAAUCCAUAAUGAUCUUCUGAACACUGUUUUGGCCUAUCCCAUUUCAGCAUGCAGCACCAAUUACAAUAGAGAGAAUUCCAUGUAUGCUUCUCAGUGAGAGACUUUUGUG